CCAUAGCCGAGCAUCCCUGCCUCGGCCCGCUCGGCCGAGCGGGAAGCCGGGCGGUGGUGAACUCAUCCGCCAGAAUCUGGAGAAAGAUAGGUAAAGCCAAGUGAUAUAAUUCACUGAGUAAAAGGAGGAGACACCUGGCAGCCCGGCACCAGUACUAAUGAAGCCAAUAGCCUUCUCUGCUUUCUCCUUUUGGCUGGCUCUCAUUUUGGCUGUCUUCCUUGGCAUACACAUCACUGGCAGUUUUGUGAGAAGUCAGAAGAACCAUACGUUAAUUUUCACCAAGGAAAACACAAUUCGCAACUGCAGCUGCUCGGUGGAUAUCCGUGAUUGUGAUUACUGCCUGGCAAACUUGAUGUGCAAUUGCAAAACGGUGCUGCCUUCUACCAUGGAAAAAAAUACCUACACUAGCCAUCUGACCAUUUGGUUCACGGACACCUCUGUGCUGGAGAUGCUCCUCAACUUCACAAGGGUGUGGGAUUUGAAGCUGUCCUUCUGUGGCACCACUCUUCUCCCAACAGAAUACUUGGCCAUUUGGGGACUUCGAAAGCUCCGGGCAAACAAGAUCAAGGGACGAUUUCCAGAGCAGAGUGUAACCAUACACAGCAGCAGCAGCAGGAAUGAAAAAGAAGACUCACUUGUGGUACACAACAAAGACAGGCAAAUGCCCGUGUAUAUUUCUUUUCUGGAUACCUCGCUUUUCAAUGGAUAUUCUUUGCUGAAGUCAUACAGUGUGGAAAACAUCUCUAGUAUCACAGAGUACUUUCCCAGCCUGCUGUACUCUGAUGUUUUCUCAACCUCAGAUAACAAGAGCUAUGUUGUAACAUUCAUUUACUGAGUUACUUAACAUAUUCAGUGGUCAGAGGCAUGGCAAACUGCUAAGAGAGAGAUGGGACUUCUUUAAAUCUGUUUGGUUUGGCCAGGAGGAGCUGUUACAGGAUGGACAGUUCUUACUGUGACAGCACUCGACAAGGAGGUGCUUAAAGUAAGACAAGACUCAUCAGACUAAUUCAAUAAACGCUUUCUUAAGGAACAAAGAAAAUGUGAAACAACUGUUUUAGAAAGCAUUGGCACAAAUUCUUUUUAUAUAUUGUAAGCUAAGAAUUGAAAACUGCUGAUAAAUUUUGUUUUAAGGUUAUGCCUCAAACAGAGAAAGAUGUAACUCUGUACCUCCAACAAGAGAAGGACCUGAGCCUACUGCAGAAUCACUCGGGUUAGAAGGCAGCUUGGGAGCUCUCUAGUCCAACUCCCCGCCCCAAGCAGGGCCACCUCUGGGAUCAGACCAGGCAGCUCAGGGUUUUCUGCAGUCGGGUCCCAAAACCCCCCAAGGAUGGAGCCUGCACAACCUCACUGGGCAACCUGCUCCACUGCCUGCCUGUCCUCACUGGGAAACUUUUCUCCAUGUAAUAACCCCAGCCUUCUCCACGCUGAGCAAGCCCAGUUCCCUCACGCUUUGCUCACAGUCACAUGUGCCAUCCCCUGACCACCUUGGUGGCUCUCCAUGGGACCACUUCAGUUGAUCCACAUCCUUCUUGCACUGGGGGGGGCCAAAACUGAAUGCAGUACUCCGUAUGCAUUCUAGCAAGUGCCGGGACAAGGGGACUAAUCCCUUUCCUCCAUCUACCAGCUGUGCUCCUGUUGACACAGCCCACUGCUGUCUCGUUCCAGGGGUACGACGUGGUUACAGGCUGCUCAGACUGGGAGUGCCGAGUUGUCUUUUGCCCACUGGUACUUGGUCAGAGCUGGGAAUCCUCCGGUCAGGCUGAGUGACGCAGCCUCCUAGGAAAGCAGGGACGGGCUACGCAGGCAGCCUCCACCGCCAGCGUACAGCCGAAGGUGUGACUGGGGAAUGACUGGGAAGCUGUGUUCUCUGCCAAGACACGGCACACACCGUGGGAAAGCACUGGGCAAGAGGCCACCUGACAGGUGAGACGCCACGCUCACAAAAGUGUUUUUCCCAGGGAAAGGCCUGUCUCUUGCACGUUGGGUGUGCCCAUGCCUGCAAUUUCCCCAAAUGCAAGGAACUUCACUUCAUCUUUUGUGACAAUGGCAAGCUCUGCUCAUGUGCUCUGAAAAACAUACAUCUGGUCUAUUUCUAUAGCCCAAAGUCUGCUCCUUGCCCACAUCUGUAGGAUUUGCAUUCUAUGAGAGAUGAUUAAGGCUGGGAUCCACCCGUAUAGUACAUUAAAGACUUUGGAAUAGCAAGCCCUAACAGUCUUCCACUGUCAGCAAAGGAUUACCUGAAAUUGGGAUAAAAUAUGUGUACUGAGGGAAAUGACUAUCAAGAUUCUGAAGAACCAAUGAAUUGAUUUAACAGCUUUAAAUUAAGAGUUUUUCUGUAACUGUAAUCAAUGAUGGAGCAGUUUUGCUAGGAAGCAAAACUUAAUUUUUCACAAUACUUGAAUACAUGCACACCUUCCAUUACUGUGAGCUUUCCCACCAAAAUCAACAAUGCGGUAACUAUUGAAUUAAUGGGGUCUAUUUGCAAUUGUAAAUUAACAUAUUUAAGCACAUGGGUGCUUGUAG